AACAACACCACGAUUUUUUCCCAGUGUCCGGUAACAGCCACAACUUCACAGCCCUGUGUUAGAGCUAGAGACUGAAUGUUUGGGAGCCUUGCAAAUUGUUUUAACAUAUGCAAAAAUCUUUUCUGAAAUGUGACCACGUUGUCUGGAAGAGACCAGGAUCGAUUGAUGAUGUUGAGUUGAGAAGAAUCCCAGAAAAAAACACCACAUUGUUUUCCUUCAUGCCACACCACAGUAGAGGAGUAAGUUGGCCAGCAGGCAGCAAUGACGAUCACAUACUCUCGCAGAGUUGCUGAUGCAGGUCUGGGGACCUUCUUUCAUCUGCUUCUACGGUGGAAGGGCAGCAUCUAUAAACUUCUCUACAGAGAGCUCAUCAUCUUCACUCUUCUCUACUACUUCUUCAGUGUUGUUUACAGGUUUGUGUUUAAUGAUGACCAGAGGAGGCUGUUUGAGAAGCUGUCUAUUUACUGUGACCGCUAUGCAGAGCUCAUUCCUGUGUCCUUCGUGCUUGGUUUUUAUGUCACCUUGGUUGUGUCCCGUUGGUGGGGUCAGUUUGAGAAUGUCCCCUGGCCAGACCGGUUGGCAGCGUUAGUCGGUGGUCAUGUUCGUGGAGCGGAUGAACCCUCCAGACUGACUCGACGAACUCUGAUGCGUUAUGCCAACCUCUCUGGUGUGCUCAUCUACCGCUCUGUCAGCACUGCUGUAUACAAGAGGUUUCCCACCAUGGAGCACCUGGUGCAGGCAGGUUUGAUGACCUCAGAGGAGCUCAGGAGCCUAGAGGAUUUGCCUUCUCCUCACAACAAGUUCUGGGUUCCCUGCAUGUGGUUUGUCAGUCUGGCCCUGAGGGCUCGGACCGAGGGCCGCAUCAACAAUGACGUGGCGCUCACUGCCAUUCUCACUGUGGUGACCGUGGCGGUCUACAGUUUCUUUCUGGCCUGUCUCAUUGGUCGCCAGUUCUUGGAUCCGACUCAGGGUUACCCUGGUCAUGACGUGGACUUCUACCUGCCUGUUUUCACCCUGCUGCAGUUCUUCUUCUACGUUGGUUGGCUGAAGGUGGCUGAGCAGCUCAUAAAUCCUUUUGGUGAAGAUGAUGAUGACUUUGAAACCAACUGGCUCGUUGAUCGCAAUCUACAGGUGUCCUUGUUGUCUGUGGAUGAGAUGUACGACAGUAUCCCAUUGGUUGAGAGGGAUAUGUACUGGAAUGAGUCUGAACCUCAGCCUCCAUACACUGCUGCCAGUGCUGAACACCGCAAACCUUCCUUUAUGGGCUCUGCCCUGGAUAUCAGUGUUCCUAAGGAGGAGAUGGAGUUUCAGUCCAAUCUGGAGCAAAUCAAAGAAAAUGAAGAAGCCAACUACUCCACCCCACUGCUUGGAGGGCUGAGUCGUCUUCUCGGUGUCCAGUCACCUAACUUUCCUCGCUCUUCCCGAGUCUCUCUUCUGCGUCGACGUCCUGGAGCUCCACUAAGCCGCUUCCCACUGUUUCUACACCAAGAGGCCUCAUUGACUCAGAAUCAGGCACGCCAGCCUUUGAACCAGGAGCGAGACCCAGACUAUGCCUUCUCCACCAUUCCCCUGUAUGAAAGACCCGGUUUCUACAGCUGCCCACAGACACCCAUACAUUGUGUGCCCCCUGCGCUGCCUCGUCCUCGGCCUGCCCGGCGGCCUCAAAACGAGUGGGACCGCAGCUGCACCUCCCUCGCCCAUCCAAUGGUGGCUUCACAGAUGCUGCCUCCUGACACCCCAAACCACAUUCCCCCACCUCCAUCCUCUGCAUUCCCCUGGCUGAGUGAGGAUGGUGAGGCGCCAACGGCACCUACCUUCUCUUUCCCUGACCCCCUACCUGAACUCUGCCCAAUAUCUAAACUCAGACCUGGGCAUGGCCUGCUUUCUCGCCGCCCUCCACCUCCCCGACUUACUCUGGACCCUCUUCCCUCAGCUGAUAGCCAAACUGGGCCCCUGAGUGCUAGGGCGACAGGAAGUGGAGGAGAAAGGGUGUUCUCGUUCACUCCUCCGUCUCGCACAGCAGCAAAUCCCAGUAAUCCCAACAGCAGCUCUAGCAGUAUUAAUGCAACAAGCACCAACAGCACUGGCACAACAGGAAGUCUCUGCAACAGUACAAGUCACAGUAAUUUUAGUAACCAUGGGAACUUUAACACCAACAUAAGGGCAAGCAAUGGGGGCACCAACAGUGGGCUGAGCAAUAGCAUGAACACAGUUUCCACUGCAGCAUCGCCACAACAAGAAACCAAUCAGCAACAUUCACCUAACGACUCUGGAAUCUCAUUGGCUGAAGGAGACCUUCUGGGCGUUUUGGUGGACAGUGGGGCGAACAAGGCAGCAGGUGGGAAGGAGCAGGACUAAGCAAAGAGGGUGUGACUGACUGUUUUCGUAUCAUGUGGAAUUCAGAAUAUUUCAGAUUAACACAUAUUCAUCAUUGUUUUAGUCUGAAAUGCAUUACAGUUAUUUGUAGCACUAUGCAUGACUGAAAGUAUUUGUGGUAAACACCAAGUUAAUCUCUAUUUCCUGGUAUGCUCUUACAGAACACUUAACCUACUUGUGAUUAAAAAAGCGCCGUACGAGACUUAACUUUCAACUUGCCACAGAAAAAUUAGGUAUACUUUUCAGCUUCCUCUGAUAUUCAGCGGCAGACUUUGUAUAUCCUA